AUGCCACAAGAAAGAGCUUCACGAAUGCGCUUUCGUAAUGCUACACAACCUUUGAACUCAAGAUUAUCAAGGAAUGAAUUCACUGAAUUAGAAAGCUAUCUUACAAAAGAAUACGAAGAUUUGAAGUCUUUGUGGUUAGAAUUUAAUGAACAAUAUGCAAAGGCAAAGUCUGAAGAAGAAGUACUCGUUCAAAUGUUAAGCGAUAUGAAAGGAACAACUGUCGAGGAAUCACAAAAUUCUUGUUUAGAUUAUGCGGAUAGUCUUUUACCGUCCAUGUAUGAAGUUGAGGAAAAAGGGUCAUCAUCACCUUUGAAAGGUUCACCCAUUUCUUUAUCGAGUGACCCGGUUAACCAGGAACCAUUAGAACGAGAAGGAAAUGAUGCAACAGAAUCAUUUGAUUCGUUAACAUUGUCAUCGCCGGAUAUAUCUGAAAUGCGAGAAUCCAUUUUUACAGCAUUAGAAUUAUCAAAUAGAAGUUUGCUACAAGAUUCUGAAACAACGGAAAGUUCUUUAGAAUUUAAAACCAAAGAUAACAAUUUAGACAAUGCAUUACGCAAGUUACAAAGAUUGGAUGAGGAGGACUAUGAUAUGGAUCAAGAUGAAGAAAUGAUGGAUUUAAUUUCGAUAGAUAGAGAGGACGAAAAAAUUCGAAUUCUGACUACUUAUGAAAGUGAUAAUGAUCAUGAAAUAGAUGAGGAUGAUGGGAUUGAAUAUGAUGGGUGGAACGAAGAUAAGACUAGAUUAGCUCUUAAAGAUAUGUUAGAUAUGAUGCGGGAUCAAAAUAAUCAUUAG